CUAUCUAUCUAUCUGUUUGUCUGUUACUCAUUUCUCUUGUAAUGAAGCACUUAAUCCUUCCUCAUUGCUAAAGGCAAUCAGCUUGUUGGUUAUACCUAUUUAAUAUGCAAUAAAAAGUUGGUUUUUUGUUUUUUUUUUUAGAUUCAGUGCACCUUUAAAAGCGACCGGGUCAAUAAAGUCCGACUGACUGACCAGGACAGAGGUUACGGUUUGCAUUAUGCAACUUCAUGCAAUUUGGGAAAAGCACUCAGUUGAAAAGCAGCUUCCAUGUCCAACAGCUCCCUGAAGAUCCUCCGGCCAACUUUUGUGACCUUUGACUCGGAGACACGACAUGCGAUCUGGCGUUACUGUGCGCGCGAGGCGUGGCCCUGUCCGCAGACCCGUCACUUCUAACGGCACCGAACUCCAAAUGGCGGUUUGACGAAUUAAAUAACCGAUUGUGUAAGAGAUCAUACAAUAAAUAAAUAAAUAAAUAAGCGAGGAUGGCAGAGCUGGAGAAGUUUUCCGAGCCUCCGAAAGAGUCCCAGAUCGUUGAUUCGGAGUCAGAUUCGGAGCAGGAUGACGGUUUGACUCACGCGGAAUCUGCCGGUUCCGGCACGAGCUCGGAGACGAUGAGGCGCGUGCAGGUGAUCCACAGCGGACACUUCAUGGUUUCCUCACCGCACAGGGAUCCGGUACCGCGCAGGACAAGUUACUACGACUUCGACACGGUGAACAAGCCGCGCUGCCAGACCUACAGCUUCGGACCGUUCAGCUCCGGUAGACUGAGCAUCGACCCGACACUCACGCGCCUAUUCGAGUGCAUGACACUGGCCUAUAGCGGGAAGAUCGUGUCUCCUAAGUGGAAAUCCUUCAAAGGUCUGAGGCUACUGUGGAGGGAUAAAAUCCGUCUGAAUAAUGGCAUCUGGAGAGCCUGGUUCAUUCAGUAUGUGGAAAAAAGGAAAAAUCCAGUGUGUGGGUUCGUCACUCCGUUGGAGGGCUCUGAAGCAGAUGCUCAUCGUAAACCUGAGGCUAUUGUGCUAGAAGGCAGCUACUGGAAGAGGCGGAUUGAAGUGGUGAUAAAAGAGUAUCACAAAUGGAGGAUUUACUACAAGAAGAGGAAACACAAAGAUCAUGUCCCUGUUCUGCAGACGACGCCCAUCUGCAGGUCUGGCCUGGAGAAAUGGUCCGAUCAGAUGUACCCCGAGCCAGAAGCUUCUCAGGAGGAGGUGCAUAUGUUUGACUUGGACUGCUUUCUGUCAGAUAUCUCAGAUACUCUGUUCACCAUGACCCAGAAGCCAAGCCCUUGGAAUGAGGAACGCCAAAACACCUACACCAGCAACGCCGAUAUGAUACAGCCUGGUUUGACUCCUCUUCAGCCCAGCUUGGACGAUCUGAUGGACAUUCCUGACAUCUUUGCAAGUUACCGUGGUCAUCCUUUGGUACAGAGUGGUUAUACUGACUCUGAAUUAUUCGAGAGUUCAUCCAACGCACUUUUUCCCUCCACCCCACCCACUGUGAUUAAUACACCCCUGAUACACACAGGAUCCCAAAUUACACAGCCCAACAUGACAGUUGAGAGCUUGCCUCAGUCCACCUCAGCAGCAAGCUUACCCUGCCCUGGCUAUCCAAACCGACCUUUGACCCCUGAGAUGCCAUUUGAUACCAGCAGAAUGACCUCCAACCCCAAGUUCAAGAGUCAUUUACAGUACAGCGAUUACCAUCACUCUCCAGCCAGCCUCCACAGCAUGGGCUCAUACGGACAUUCCUACAGCGUCCCUGGCAUUGUCACUGAACCUUCAAACAUAUCCUCUGCCUCUAUGUCUCAGGAGAACCCUUACAUCUACCCAAGCGCCUGUUUGAAAUACAGACAUGCUUCAGGCAACCAAUCAGGGAGUAGCGUCGUAACCACACCCACCGUCAUCACACAUACGGGAUCCAUGAAUGCCAUAGCACAAGAUCCCCAAGAGGGCCAAAGCUAUGCUAUGUUAGACAUGCUGGACUACCAGCAGCCGUCUGUGGCUCCGCCUUUGCCUAGCCAAGCCCACUGCUUCUCUGUGCCACAGCAGGUAGCCAUGGGUUCGGGAAGAGGGAAGCACAAGCAAAAAAUGGGAGGGGGUCGAGGGUUUCCAAUGGCGACGGCUACACCUGUUUCUGUUGCUCCACCCACACAGACUAGCUGCCUGGCCAAGCUCUUAUCCUCCAGCUCUCAAGAAAGAAAACCGACAGUGGGUUUUGAUCCUCCUUUUGUUGGGCUGAAAUGCCAUAGACCAGCUUCUCCCGUCUUAGCAUCCACCAGCAGCAUGCCCGUGGGCCAAAGAGGUUCACAGCUAUCCCAGCAUCCGCCAUGGCCCCCCGCUGAAGUGCCGCUACAGUGCCAGAUGCCCAUGAUGGUACAUUCCAACGUCUCUCACGGCUCCAGUAUCUCAUCUCUCCUCGUCCCCAAAACUGAGAAACUUUCACCGGUCCAAAUCCAGCCACCAGAGAGGACAAGUCUGACAGUAAGUUUUUCAGGAAACUUCGGCCCUACUUCCCCAACCAUCCUGCCAGAGAAAACGUCUGAGGCAUCACACACCUUAUCCGGAAUAACCAAGACAGAGCCUAAUAGGACAGACACGAGGCGAAUCACACACAUAUCUGCCGAGCAGAAGAGGAGGUUUAACAUCAAAUUGGGUUUUGACACUUUACACAGUCUGGUGACAACACUUAGCUCUCAGCCCAGCAUUAAGAUCAGUAAGGCCACUACGCUACAGAAGACAGCUGAGUACAUCAGUAAGAUGCAGCAGGAAAGAGCACAGCUCCACGAAGAAGCCCAGAGACUCAGAGAUGAGAUUCUAGCACUCAACUCUGCCAUCAAUGUGUGUCAGCAGCAGCUCCCUGCCACCGGCGUCCCUAUCACCCGUCAGCGCUUCGAUCAUAUGAGGGAGAGGUUUAGAGAAUAUGUCCGGGCCCAGACACUCCAGAAUUGGAAAUUCUGGAUCUUCAGCGUGAUAAUGGAGCCUCUGUUUGAGACCUAUAACGUCAUGGUGUCCACAGCCAGUGUGGAGGAGAUGUGUCGCACCACGCUUAACUGGCUGGACCAACACUGCUCUCUACCUGCCCUCAGACCCACUGUUCUGAGUUCACUCCGCUUGCUCAGCACCACCACAUCCAUCUUGACAGACCCGAGUCUGGUUCCUGAGCAGGCCACUCAGGCGGUCACUCAGAGACACCUGUCCCACAGCUGCAACCAAUGACAGUGUUUCAUCACUCAUCUCUCUCUCUCUCUCUCUCUCUCUCUCUCUCUCUCUGUCUGUCUCUCUCUCUUUCUCUGUCUCUCUCUCUGUUUCUUCCCCCCCUCCUUCCCUCUCUCCCUCUCUCUCUGCUUAAAUGGCAUGACAAAUAACUGUACAUUUAUAUUGCCAAGGCAUGUACAAAGUAAGCGUGGUGCAAAACCAGGAGAAAUAUUCUAAAAAGAUAAAAUGCUAAUAACUAAUAACACCAGCCGAUAGCUUCUUUCAAUGUUCAUUAAAAGUUGGUAUCCGAGAGACAUACAAACAACAGAUAUAAUGCCUCAGACAAGCACAAGCAACCUUAUAUACAUAUACACUCACUAGUCACUUUAUUAGGAACAUUUGCUCAUUCAUGCAAGUAGUCCUUCAUGUGGCAGUGGUGCAAAGAAUAAAAUCAUGCAGAUACAGGUCAAGAACUUGAGUUAAUCAUUACAUCGAACAUCAGACUGGGGAAAAAUGUGAUCUGAUUGACCAUGGCAUAGGUGUUGAAGCCAAACUGGGUGGAUUGAGUAUUACAGAAACCGAUGAUCUUUUUGUAGGGUUUAAUAAGUGAGGUCAGAGCCUCUGUAGGGAACAGAAAAGCAUGUCAGAAUGCACAAGACAUCAAACCUAACAUGAUGCUUAUCUAAUAUUUUACUUACUCUAGCCUUCCUGACAGCCUGGUUGUUUUGACAUUCAGAAAUGGACACGUAUUUUGUAUUUAAGGUGGACCGUGCUUUACUAUCUUACAAUGACCUCAUAGUGACACUUUCAGGAAACUUGGCCUGAGAAUGUAGCAGCUACUUUAAAAGCUAAGUCUUACUAAAAUACAGGAUCAUCAGUGACUGGUUCUUGAUUACUGAUUAUUAAAACAGGAAUGUCUUAUAGCUUAUAGCUUUGGCUAUUUCUUUAUUAAACUGCGAAUGGUUAAUCUGCCUACUACUUUUCUGCCUUUAUUCCCUGUUAUUCCAUUACAGGUUAUCCUAUCGAUCGUUUGGGAUGAGAAAGAAUAUUUGUAUUCAUGUUUAGUCUUUUAAGAAGGACUAAAGUUUUGUGCCUUGUUAUGUUUGUUACAAUUGUAUUUAACCAAGCUUUUAUGCUCUCAGGUUAUUAAUGUGGUGCAAAUGUAUGACAUACCUGUUGCUCUUUAAAAUAAAGCACCGUUUG